CGGGCUUCCGGUGUGCGCCAUGGCGGCGGCGCCACCGCCCGCUGCGCUCCGCCGUUGGGAACGGGAGCAGGCCCGGCUGAGAGCCAGCGUGGUCGAGGAGGACACGGAGCAGUGGCAGAAAGAUUCCAGCUUCCCGGGGCUGGAGCGGGUGGGAGGCGUGGACUUGUCUUACAUCAGAGGAGAUGAGAGCAGCGCCUGCGCUUCCCUGGUCGUGCUCAGCUACCCGGCUCUUGAGGUGCUGUACGAGGAUUGCCGGAUGGUGGCUGUGAGUGCCCCGUACGUGGCAGGAUUCUUGGCCUUCCGGGAGGUCCCUUUCCUGGUGGAAGCUGUUCAGAGGCUUCAGCAGGAGGAGCCCAAGCUCAAGCCUCAGGUACUUCUUGUAGAUGGGAAUGGCCUGCUCCAUCCCAGAGGGUUUGGUGUGGCUUGUCACCUCGGAGUCCUGACAGAUCUACCAUGCAUUGGAGUGGCCAAGAACCUCCUGCAGGUGGAUGGCUUAGCCAAGGAUGAGCUGCACAGAGAGCAGAUCCGUUCCCUGCAGAGGGAAGGAGAUACAUUCCCACUGACAGGCGCUUCGGGGAGGCUGCUGGGCAUGGUCCUGCGUAGCUGCAACAACAGCUCUAGGCCGCUUUACGUCUCAGUGGGGCACAGGGUGUGCCUGGGGACAGCUGUGCGCCUGGUCCAGUCCUGCUGCCGGUACCGCAUCCCGGAGCCCAUCCGCCAGGCUGACAUUAGAUCGAGGGAGUACAUUCGGAAGCAGCUGUGUUCACCGCUGGAGGUCGUGUCUUCUGGGGCGCUGAGGUGGGUGUGUGGGCAGCUGCCUCCCCAAAGGGAUCUGCUCAUGUAAUGAUCUUCAGUAAUGGCAUUAAAGGGACAGGCUGGGUAACAAGGUGAGCUCAAGUGACAUCAGGACGUUUGCUGCCUCCACGGAGGGUGAUUUCUGGUGAUGGUUCCUCGCACACCUCUCUGCUGGGUGCCGUGUCCCAGGCUGGGGAAGGUCGUUGGGGAUUUGGUGCGUUUCCGGUGCCUGCAAUAAGCACCAACGCCUACAGGUGUGACACGAGGGGACAGAAAUACCCUGUGGGGAGCUGGCUUCUGCCCCCGGAGAGCAGGGGAGGGCCAGCCCCGGCCCCCCCCCCCCUUACAUAACGUGGGCCAGUGGCUGCUCUGAUUAGUGUAUAUCCGUAGCAAGUCCAUUGAGGUGUAUAGGAGCUCCUUUGUGUUGUGGCUACGCUGCCUCCUCAGCACCAUUCACAAGAGCGCUGUUGGGUUCAGACCUACACCAGUACCAGGCACCAGAGAGCCCUCCCUCAAGAGCUGCUCGGGGAUGAAUGAAGCAUGUCAAGACCCAGAGCCUGCCGUGCUCUGGGGGUCCUGAUGGACCAGGAGCAGUGAAGGUUGUGGUGGCAGUAGUGAGUGAUUACUUACACUGACUGGGGCAGCUCUGACAGAUUCCGUAGGACAGCCGGAUGGUGCAACUCAUUGUGCUCUGCUCAGCUCCAUUAUUCUUUGGGUCAUGCAGGCAGAGGUGAAAGAAGAAGCUUUCUCUGCUCUACUACUCAUAGCAGUUGCACAGCAUGGCCAGGCCAUGGGGUAGCCCUGUGCAGAGCCAGGCUGGGCAUCCCCGGUUUGUGCUGGAGCUUUGUCUCUAACACCUUCCUGCCGUGGCAGGUGCCGCAGCGCACAGAAAGGCUUAGCUGGUUUGGAGGUCUGUGCAACAGCAAAACUAAACUCAUCCCAUUUAUGGCCAUGUGUCUCAAAACCUGUGAAUGUGAGCCCCUUAUUCACCAAGUGACUUAGUGAUGAGGUCUUCUUGCUUUCUACUUUCUUUUCUGACCCUUCCUUGUCUUCCUUGUU